AUGCUGAAAGAGAGUUCAGUGGGGUCGAUUUUGAGCAAUAACUCAUUAACACCACCGCAGCCAAACGAGAAAUCACUCACUAUUGAGGCAAGCACGACGAAUGCUGCGUCAUCGUCUCCUUCUCAGAAUCUGCAUGGUCAUCACCAUCACCAUCAUCGAUUUGUACAUCAUCACCAUGUAAACCAAUUAAGCUCACACCAAUUGAGCUCACACCAAUUAAGUUCACACCACCAUGUAAACCCGUCUAAUCCACACCACCACCAUCAUAUUAUUCAACAGCCACAGCCACUUCCACUUCACCAUCAUCAUCAUCAUCAUCACCAUCAUCGUCCUCAAAGGCAAACCAACGGACUUGGUCAGGAUAACCAACCUAGUCCACAGCAGUUGCAUUUGAAGAUCAAUGAGAAAAUAGAGCAAGACAGAGGGAAGACAAAGAAGAGGAAGGAAGAGGAUGAAAGGGAGAGAGAAAAGAGGGAAAAGAGGGAGAAGAGGGAGGAGAGGGAGGAAGAGGAGGAAGAGGAGAGAAACCUUUUAUUGAGGAUCAGCUGUAGUACUAAUAAUGACAAACUCUCCAAGCGACGUAAACAAAACACACCAAAACUAAACAUUGAACCGAUUGUGCAGCUUAUUUCGGAACUUUUCCCAAAGAGACAAUUCCUCGGGACAAUAAUAUAUAAUCCAACAACAACAUGGGACACACUACAAACUCAAUACCUUUAUGGUUUGAAACAGGAUCUACAAAGAACGUUCCAGAAGAGUAAACAAAACUAUAGAGAUAGAUGUGCUGAAGGUGACUUUAAGAUCGAGACAAGGUAUAUACCAUGUAUACCUCCACUACCGCUUGAAUAUAUCAACUCGAUUAUUGAAGUUAUCAUCCCAUUUCGUCACAUUAUUGAAUUCAAACAAGAUUUUAGAAAUGAAAUAGUUAGUAAAGAAAGAGAAUUAUGGGGUGGAACACUGGGCAUAUAUACUGACGAUUCUGAUAUUUUGCACGUGCUAUUACAUAUGGGAUUAUUCAAUGAUUCGGUGGAUUUAAGUCAAUGGAACAAAACAUGGACACGAGAAGACAUAAUUAAGCCUCGAUAUGUGAUGCAUAGUGAUAAUGAUGAUGGUAGUACAAGCGAAGAAGCAAAAGAAAAGGAACAAGUAGAUGAUGAUGUAUAUGGCGAUUUAUCAGUUGAGAUUUUGUUGUUGCCUCCACUACCACAAUACAUUGGCUAUUUUCAAAACGGGAUAAAUGCGAGAUCUUGGAAUGUUGCAAAACACAAUGACGCUAAACAACAGGAACAUUCAGGGUUGAGUUAUGUAGUAUACAAUAUCCGAUGGUUAAGGAGAGGUAGUUAUCUUCAAUUUAGUCAGUUGAAACAAGCCUGCUUUGAUGAAAUGCAACGAGAUUAUCAGGAAAAUGAAAAUCUAAUUAAGCACCUGAAUGGCUGGUUGUUUGAUUAUAAGACAUUUAAAAGGAUUCAUGGAUAG